UAUUUCAUUUUUUGAAGCAUUAAAGUAGGUGUUAUGGCGGUUGGUUCUGUGUUCCUUGGCAAUUUAAUUGCUUUAUCUUCAAACACUGGCAUCCAACCACAAAAAUAUUAGCCCCAAAAUUAUGUAAAAAGAGAGAGAAAAAAAAUAAAGUGAAAAACGAAAAAAGACAAAGAGAUAUUUAAUGUAUGAAUUGAGGAGUAGGACCCUGUUCUACCCUCUCUCAUCAUCAUCAUCUUCUCUUUUUUUUCUUGAAUUAUUAUUAUGAUUACCAUAAUUUUCUUUUUAUUUUUAUUUUAAUUAAGCUUACAUUGUGAAAGGAGACUUUUUUCAAAUCUUGUGUCAAUUAUUAUUUAUGAAAACAGCUUAAUAUAUACACAUAUCAUAUCUCACACUUUCUUUUUUUUUCACAGAAGAAGAAAAAAUAAAAGAAAGGUUGGUUUGUAUAGUUUAUGAAAAGGGAGGGUCAAAUUACACAAGUUCCCUUUGUUUUGUUGUAUUUGCAGUUUCAAUUGGGGGGAGUUGCAGAGAUAUUGAGUCUGACAAUAAAGGACUAACUUACUGAUAGAUCAUUAAAAAGAAUCAUAAAUUCCAGAGAUAGAUACAUCAUAUCUCUUUCUGUUUAUUUAAAUUAUAUGGUAUUUUAGCAAUAUUAGCUUUUACUUGUCAAAAUUUUAAUUAUUUUUUAAAGUUCUAUUUUGCAGUGAAGAUGAUGAUGAAGCACGUGUAUACUCAAAUUACCAUCACACCAGGAUCCACUUGAUCAUCCCAAGAUCAUCAAUACCCCAUUUUUCCCAGAAAGCUCUGGAAUGGGUUAAUGUAAAGUCUGGGGAUUUAUUGUGGAGAAUAAGUGAAGUGAAAGCAUAGAAAACAACAAUAGAAUUAAGCAAAGAAAACAACAUCCGAUGUCGACGUACUUUCAUGGGAACCCUGAAAUCCAAGCAAGUACUGACGGCCUUCAAACCCUUGUACUUAUGAACCCUGCCUAUGUUCAGUAUUCCGAUACCCCUCCACCACCUCCGGCCAACAACCUCCUUUUCUUCAACCCUAACUCCCUCUCUCCGCCCCAAACUCAGCAACUCGUCGGCAUCCCCCUCCCCGCUACCUCAGCCGCCAAUCAAGGCCCUACCUCACACGAUAUCUCCCCCUUGCAUGGCCUCGUCCAGCGCGUCCAUUACAACUUGUACAACCCUAUUGACCCUUCCGGAUCGGCGCGUGAAACUCCUCGCUCUCAACAAGGACUCUCUUUGACCCUUUCUUCCCAGCAGCAGCCGGGUUAUGGAUCGCAGGCUCAAGCAGUUUCAGGUGGGUCGGCUUCUUCAGGUUCAGGCGUGCACAAUAGGGUGUCGGGUGUGCAAAGUGUGUUUUUGAGCUCUAAAUACUUGAAGGCUGCUCAAGAGCUUCUUGAUGAGGUUGUUAAUGUUAACACUACUGGGAUUACAAAGAGUGAAUUAUUGGCUAAGAAGGGUGGUGGUGGAAAUAAUCAUAGCAAUAGCAGUAGUAAGGCUGUGGGAGAGUCGUCGGUGGUGGCCGGGGAUGGCUCUGGUGGUGGGGAGGCAGGUGAGAAACACCCCGCAGAGCUGACCACGGCUGAGAAACAGGAAAUUCAGAUGAAGAAAGCAAAGCUAAUUAACAUGCUUGAUGAGGUGGAACAAAGGUAUAGGCAAUACCAUCAUCAGAUGCAGAUUGUAACAUCCUCAUUUGAGCAAGCAGCUGGCAUUGGGUCUGCAAAAACAUACACAGCUCUUGCAUUAAAGACUAUUUCAAAGCAAUUUCGGUGUUUGAAAGAUGCAAUAUCUGACCAAAUCCGAGCAGCCAACAAGAGUUUAGGGGAAGAAGAAGAUGGUGUAGGCGGAGCAGCCAAAAUCGAGGGAUCCAGACUUAAGUUCGUGGAUCAUCAUCUUCGACAGCAAAGGGCACUUCAGCAGUUGGGAAUGAUCCAGCACAAUGCUUGGAGACCCCAAAGAGGAUUGCCUGAAAGAUCAGUUUCUGUUCUUCGAGCUUGGCUCUUCGAACACUUCCUUCACCCGUAUCCUAAAGAUUCAGACAAACACAUGCUUGCAAAACAAACAGGGCUCACUAGGAGUCAGGUGUCUAACUGGUUCAUAAAUGCCCGAGUUCGGCUAUGGAAGCCAAUGGUGGAAGAGAUGUAUUUAGAGGAAAUCAAGGAGCAAGAACAGAAUGGUACUUCAGAUGACAAAACAAGCAAGACCGAAAACCAUGAAGAUUCAGCCUCCAAAUCCACAGCUCCAAGCUGCCAAAAUCCUGGGGAGAACCAGAAAGUUUCAUUAAUGUCCAUUUCCACUGCUUCAACGUCUCCCCUUGCAGGAAAUGCACACCAGCAGUCGCGUUUCUCCCUCAUUGGAUCAUCCGAAUUAGAAGGGAUCAACCAAGGAAGUCCAAAGAAACCAAGGAGCAAUGAACUGUUGCAGUCCCCAUCUAGUGUCCCAUCCAUGAACAUGGACAUGAAUCAAAGUGAGGCAAGCAAUGAGGUUUCCAUGAAGUUCAGCAAAGAUGGGUACUCAUUCAUGGGGACCAACACCGAUUUCAUGGGAGGUUUAGGGCAGUAUCCUAUCGGAGAAAUCGGACGGUUCGAUGCAGAACAGUUCGCUCCUAGGUUUCCUGGUAAUGGUGUUUCCCUCACACUCGGUCUUCCGCACUGUGAAAACCUUUCCUUAUCUGGAACCCAUCAGAACUUUCUCCCAAACCAAACAAUGCAAAUGGGGAGAAGGCUAGACAUUGAUGAACCAAAUGAGUUUGGUGCCAUAAACCCUCCCACACCUCAUUCUUCGGCUGCGUAUGAAAGCAUCAACCUUCAGAACAGAAAAAGGUUUGUAGCCCAAUUAUUACCUGACUUCGUCGCCUGAAGAACGUGAUUCGAACCAGACAAACAUAUAUCUUUCACUAUUUUCAUUUCUAUCCAUUAGGGAACAAGGGAAAUGCAUGGUAUAGUGUAAAGAAGAAAUUUCUCCUAGUAUAGGCUUUAUACUUUGCAUAGCACAAUUUGAGUCCUUCAAACAUUUCAGGAUCUCGCCAUAUAUAUUUGAGAGGAUUGUAUAUUAAUUUUAUAAGUUUUGGGGAUUGGUUUAGAUGGAUCGAUAUCAUCAAAUUAGUUUAUUUGGGAAUAAUGACAUUAAAAUUUUAGUCAAUUUGGGUGUGAAUCAAGUAUUUCAUGAAAUGGACGACGAAAAUUAUACUGAA